AUGUCUUCGCCGAAUGGUAAGAUGGAUGUCGACAAAUCCCCAGCCCACAAGUCGUCCCGUAACCACUCUACUGACACCUUGCCUACCAAGAGGUCUCAUGUAUCUCAUUCUCGAGAAAGAGAACGGAGGGAUAGGCGCCGUGACGAUGAGAGGAGAAGGCGAAGUCGCAGCAGAGACAGAGGGAGUGACAGAAUCAGAGAUACCAACCGGUCUGGAGACCACUACCGGGACAGGGACAGAGACAGAGACAGGGAUCGUCGCAGAGAUCGGGACAGUCAUCGAGGGGAAAGGGACCGAGAAAGAGGGGACAGUCGACAUAGUCACCGUGACCGCGACUACGACCGCGAUGGAAAGGACCGACGUAGGAAGCGAAGCGAGCACCUAGAUGACACUGAUGCUCCUGAACCAGAAGAACGGUCGAAGAGGGCCAAAAUUUCAGACAGUCGCUCACCUCGCCCUCGCUCUCGAGACAGCACCAGAACGUUAGACCGCAGGAACCGUUCUAGUGACCGUAGAAAUGGAGAUAGGUACUCGAGGCCACCUCGCGAUCCACGGGACGAGUUUAGCGACCCCCCGCGUUCACGAAAGGACUAUGGUCGGAGAGACAAUCGUCGGCCCCUUGAUGAUGAUCCUCUGUCUCCUCGUCUCACCAGGAGUCCUCCCCCCAUAAAAAGACCAUCUCCUUCCUACGAAGUUCCCGUUGAUGAGCCAUAUAAUCCUGAUGAACCCAAAGAAGACGACUCGGAAGCCCGAUCGGUAUUCGUAUCCCAACUAGCAGCACGGCUGACCGCCCGAGAUCUAGGUUAUUUCUUUGAAGACAAGCUUGGGGAUGGUACAGUUAUGGAUUCCAGAAUCGUCACAGACAGGCUAUCGCGCCGUUCCAAAGGAAUCGGUUACGUCGAAUUUCGAACGGUAGAUCUAGUGGAGAAAGCCCUGAACCUUUCUGGCACUGUUGUCAUGGGGUUACCCAUCCUGGUACAGUUAACUGAAUCGGAAAGGAACCGACUUCAUCCAGGUGAUGGAAAUCUCAACCUUCCUCCAGGUGUCAGUGCUCCGCAUGGCGCCAUGCAACUUUAUGUGGGAUCGCUGCACUUUAACCUCACAGAAUCGGAUAUUAAGCAAGUCUUUGAACCAUUUGGAGAUCUCGAGUUCGUGGAUCUCCAUCGUGAUCCCAUGACGGGCCGCAGCAAAGGCUACGCUUUCGUUCAAUACAAACGAGCGGAAGAUGCCAAAAUGGCGUUGGAGCAAAUGGAAGGGUUUGAACUUGCUGGAAGAACGUUACGUGUCAAUACUGUUCAUGAAAAGGGCACAGCUAGAUACACCCAACAAGACACACUAGAUGAAGUUGGCGGUGGUAACUUGAAUGCAGCUUCUCGUCAAGCGCUAAUGCAGAAACUUGCUAGAACUGAAACUCCGAUUGCUAUCCCCGAGCCUGUAGCAAGGCCCGUUCAAGCUAUGGAGUCCAGGUCUGUCCUUUUGAAGAACAUGUUUGAUCCCGAGGAGGAGACCGAUGCUAAUUGGGACAAAGAAUUAGCUGACGAAGUCAAAGGUGAAUGCGAUAGCAAGUAUGGUAAAGUACUAGCCAUCAAAGUCGAGAAAGAGUCACAGGGCGAAAUCUACGUCAAGUUUGACGCUGUUGAAUCGGCACGAAAAGCGAUACAGGGCUUAAAUGGUCGCUGGUUCGGUGGCAAGCAAGUAUCAGCAAACUUCAUCUCUGACGCCAUAAUGCAAGCACAUCAGUAG